CGCUUUUCACUAAUCCUAAUACCUUCGGGAGGUGAAAAAUUGGCUCGCGGAUUGAGUGGCAUCGAAGUAAUUGCUCUUCAUUGCACCCCUCAUGCUGUGUUCGAAGCAGACAAGAAGAAAACUCCCCAAUUUUCAAGCCUUUUCGAUUCCAAUCACCAUUCUCACUCGCCAGAUCUGAAGCAACGAGAUAAGAUCAUCCACGAUAGCUAGGGAUGGCGGAUGAGAAAGAAGUUGGGGAAGGUGAGAAGAAAGAGAUGAGUGCAACUACUGGCGCUGGGAAUGGAAAGAAGAAGCGCAAGGGAUUCUUUUCCCGAAUUUGGAAUGGAAUAUUUAGGUUACACGGCGAUGAUUUUGAGAAGAGGUUGCAAUACAUUUCUAAAGAGGAAGCUGCAGUUAUUGCUAGAAUGACACGGAGAUCCCGAUCCUGGAGGCAAUUUUCCCGCCAUCUUAUUGUAUUCUCUAUCAUAUUUGAGGUCGUUGCUGUAGGUUAUGCUAUUAUGACGACAAGAUCAAUGGAUAUGAGUUGGAAAAUGAGGGCAAUCCGGGUUUUACCAAUGUUUCUUGUGCCUGCACUGGCGUCUGCUGCUUAUUCCGCAUUUAUCAGCUUCACAAGGAUGUGUGAUCGCAGGGACCAGAAAAUUCUUGAAAAUCUUCGAGCUGAAAGGCAAGCAAAAAUUGAUGAGCUCAAAGAAAAGACAAAUUAUUACACUACACAACAGCUCAUUCAGAGAUAUGACCCAGACCCAGCCGCUAAAGCAGCUGCUGCAACUGUUUUGGCAUCCAAGUUGGGUGCAGAUUCUGGUUUGAAAGUGUAUGUGGGAGAUGAAUCCAAUCCCAGUGCUCCAAUAGGGAAGAGCAAUGACGUUGAACUUGUGCAGUCCACUGGACUUAGAAAUCGGAAACCAAUUCAAUCUAGAUCUACUAGUCCAGGGACAAAUACACCGGAUUUUGUUGAUCAACAAUUGGUUGGUUCGGGGGGAAUGUAUCAAAGUCAGACUUCUGAACAUGAUCAGCUUGUUGUUGAACAUCACCAACCCCAAAAUUCAACCACACAAGAUGGAGGAUGGAUUGCACGAAUUGCAGCUUUGCUUGUGGGUGAGGAUCCAACACAGUCAUAUGCUCUAAUAUGCGGUAACUGCCAUAUGCAUAACGGUCUAGCACGGAAGGAGGAUUUCCCGUUUAUCACAUACUACUGCCCACAUUGUCAUGCAUUGAACAAACCAAAGCAUAUGGAUGAACGAAUCUCUGGUCUUACUUCCCCAAAUACAGGAUCUGACAAUGGUGAGACAGUUAAAAGUGCAACAGCAUCUGUAGCAGAGAGUGUAAUCACAAGCAGUAGUCCCAAAAAUGCUACUAGCCCGGAGAUUGAGGAAGUAUCAGAAAGUGCGAGUUUGGAGCAGAAAACUGAGUAAAAGGGCAGCCUUUUUUGGUGAUUGAACUGUUGGAAUGACAUGUUUUGCUCCUUGUUCAGGGCACAAACUGACUAUAAGGGGAGGAACUUUGCAAUUGAUUUCCUUGGUUGACUUUGCAACAGGAAGAGUGCUGAAAUACUUUAUUACAUCUUGUGAUUUGUGAUACAUAGAUUACACGUAUUCCUUGUGAGUUACGGCAAUUUUGCCUCUCUUUUUAAUUUUUUGUCAUACUAUAUUGUGUCAUUGUUCUAGUUUUCAAACUUGGAUUGUACCUGAAAGAAAUUUUGAAACCUGGAUUUAUAUCCAUUUUGUUUAAUGGGUUUAAAUGACAUGCUAAUGCCAUCCCAACCUUGAACCCAUUGGCCAUAACUUCAAUCUAGCUGAUUGGAACUCCUUGGUCCAGUGUCCAGACUGUUUCUGGUAUUUUUGUAUAUACUGUAUCCGCAAUAAUUAUUCAUUUUACGAAAGUAUUAAUAUAAAAUUUCUC